CGGUCACGAGCGAGGGGGCUCCUCCCCCGGGCGGCCUGCCUCCGGGCGCUUGCGGAGCAAUGACGGAGCCGGACCGGCGGGAGCCGCGCCCCUUCUGACCUCACCUGCGCCGGUCCGUCCGGCCCCGUCCGAGCGGCCGCCGCUUCUCGGCGGCGAAGUUCCGGCCCAGCCAUGGCGGCCGCGCCCUCCGCCGCCGCAGAGCCGCCGGCGAAGCCGCUGCAGGGCGCCAUGAAGCUGGCCAAGGCCGCCCUGGAGCUGGACGCCGGAGACCGGCCGCGGGAAGCCUACGUGGAAUACCUGAGGAGCAUCAGCCACAUCGCCCAGGUUCUGCUGGAAGAGGCGGCAGCCACGACUGGGGAUGAAAAUGACCUGGCGCCCGACACUCCCAAGAUGCUCAAGGUAGCAGAACAGUGCCUGGAGAGAGCCAAGAGCAGCGUUUCUAAAAUAGGAAAGGCCAAGGCCAAGGCCAAGCUGGUGGGGAAGAAGGUGGGCCCUGCUCCGGUUUCUCGGCACCGCAGAGUCUCCUCCGAUGAAGGCAGGAAGCUGUCCCCUUUCCUGCCUCCUGAGAUGUUCCAAAAGCUGCAGAUCACCCAAGUGCAGAGCCCCAGGAACAGAGAGCUGAGCCCCCUGGAAGAGGCGUCCCUGCAAAACCAGAAGCUGAGAGCUACCUACGAGGCCCGGCUGGCCCGGCUGAACCCCAGCCAGGCGGUGCAGAAGACCUCUCUGACACUUUCUCUGCAGCGUCAGAUGAUGGAGAAUUUGGUGAUUGCAAAAGCCCGGGAAGAGGCCCUCCAGAGAAAGAUGGAGGAGCAUCGGCUGCGGCUGCAGGAAGCUGCCAACAGGAGGUUCUCCAGCAAUGCGGUGCUGACCCCGGAAGAGCAGGAGCAGCGCGCCAUCUACGCGGCCAUCCUGGAGUAUGAGCAGGACCACGACUGGCCCAGGUUGUGGAAGGCCCAGCUGAAAGAGCACCCUGGCGAUCUGUCCUUGGUGCCAAAGCUUCUCUCGCACCUGCUCAGCUUUGCGGAUCACCCCAUCUGUCAGUUGCUGAAGAAGCUGCAGUGCUCGGCCUACAACCGCCUUUAUCCUCUCCUCAGCCAAAGCAGGACAGGCGCCUCGCGCGGUUGGUCCCUCUCCUCCUCGCUGGACGCCGAGGCCUUCCUGCCAUCAGCCCCCGAGGGACGGAGGCUGCGCUCGUCCCAAAGCCUGCACUCCAUGUUUUCUGUCCAGGAACACAAUAAGCUGAACCUCCGUCACAGCAUCUCUGGCACUCCCUUCAUCGAGGACCAGAGCCUGUCGCCUCCCCCCCCAGAAGGAUGUGGCUCCCUCCCGCUGGCUGACCGGGAGAGCUCCUUCGAGGACCUGGAGCAGUUUCUGUCAGCUGCUGAGGCCUGGCCAGAAGGGCCCCUGCGAAGCCCCCUGGCUGGGAAGAAGGGCUCCCGGCAGGAGGCCCUCAAGGCAGUCGUGAAGGACAUCCACAACGCCAUCGACCGACUGCUGUCCCUGGCGCUGCUGGCUUUCGAAGGCCUCAACACGGUGGCUGCCAAGGAUCAGUGCCUGGCGCAGCUGGAGGAAGCCUUCUUUGGCCCACUCUGGGGGCCCCUCUUGACGGUCUACAGGACUGUCUACCGGGCCCAGGAAGAGGCUCUGUCCAGGAGCAUGGAGCUGCGCCAGAAGGCCUCUCCCACGGAGAUGGGCAUCCCUUCCAAGCUGCUGCCCAAGGCAGGAGGGGCUGCCCCCUACGCCGCGGCCGUGCAGGAGCUGCUCCUCCUCCCUCUCAGCAGCUGCCCGCAGAAGAAGCUGGAGUGCAUCGUGAGGACCUUGCGCGUCAUCUGUGAAUGUGCGGAGGAAUACUGUGGGAGCCGACUCCAACCGGCAUCCGCCGCUAUCGGGGCCGACGACCUCUUGCCCAUCCUGUCCUUCGUGGUCCUCCAGAGCCGCUCGCCUCAGCUGGUCUCCGAGUGUGCCGCCCUGGAAGAGUUCAUCCAUGAAGGGUCCCUGAUUGGGGAAGAGGGCUACUGCCUGACCUCCCUGCAGAGCGCCCUCUCCUACGUCCAGAGCCUGCAGGGGGCCCCCGUGUUCCGGAAGUAGCAGAGCUGCUGGGGGGGGGCUGCCCCCCCCGCCUCACUUAGGAUCCCUCCCGGCUGGCUGCUCCCCAGGGAUGCUUUCUGGAGGACUGCCAAAGGGAAACCGAGCAGCCGCACCAGGCGCCCCUCCCAGGGCUACUAUUGCACAAUACUUGGCGUGUGUGUGUGUGUGUGUGUGUGUGUGUAUGUGUGUGUGUGUAGGCAAACUUUGGUGUUAACCCAGCAUUGACCAGCCUCUGC